AGUUUCACAGCGUCACCUGCAAAAUGCGCACCUUCAAACAUUUUUUAUUAACUUUAGCACUUUCUUUGCAGGGCUUUUGCCCAAUCUCGGCCAAAGCGUUAAAAGAUGAACGCCAGGAAACAUAUAAUGAGGAAAAUUUCAAUUUAAACCAAAUUGCCAUAACUGCAAGGGAUGGCAGUUGCCGUAACUGUGAAGCAUCAAGAGAAGCCAUUGACAUGUUUGACAUUAGAGUUGAGUCAUUGCCUCAAGAAUGGUAAGAAAGCUAAAAAAAGCUUCCGUUGGAGUAAUUGUCUAACUUAA